AUGUUUUCUUGUUUCUGUUUCAGCCUUCAGGAUAAUUCCUUCAGCAGCACCGCUGUAACAGAGUGUGACGAAGACACAGUCUCUCUGCAUGAAGAUCAGACUGAUUUCUCCAGUCUCAGAGAUGAAGACAAUAAAGAAAAUUACCCCGACGCCAGGCCUCCGCUAGAGGAGCCCGCGCCGCCGCCCAGUGAGUCGCAGCAUGUAGGGCAGCCCCCGCGGCUGGACGUGCUGCACUCCACCAUGGGCAACUUCAAGUCGCGGAAACCCAAGUCCAUCUUCAAGGCGGAGAACGGGAGGAGCCACGGAGAGAGUCAGGAGACAGAGCAUGUGGUAUCCAGCCAGUCGGAGUGUCAAGGGAGACCAGGAACAGCAGCUCAGAAGAGUACACACAACCCCACCUCCAGGUGCCAGGAAACUGCGCGAGUUCAACCAAGAAUAGAACCAAGGGCUGCCCUUUGGCCAAAGGAAGAAACUCAGCAGGACUUCCAUGAGGAAGAAGCUGCGCAGGUGCACGGAGUCAAGGAACCAGCCCCAGCGUCCUCCCAGAGUGUACCUGCCGAAGGGGCAGGGGCCACAGACCCUGCGCCCGUGCACAGAGAUGGGCAGAAUGAAGCGGACAGCGCACCAGAAGAUGUGCUCUCUGUUGAGACUAGCAGGCUGCUCUGUCACAUCACCGACGGCGACAACCCACUGCUGUCACCACGAUGCUCCAUCUUCAGCCAAAGCCAGAGAUUCAACCUAGACCCUGAAUCAGCCCCUUCUCCACCCAGCACUCAGCAGUUUAUGAUGCUCCGCAGUUCUUCCCGGUGCAGCUGUGGUGAUGGCAAGGAGCCGCAGACCAUUACCCAGCUCACCAAGCACAUCCAGAGCCUCAAGCGGAAAAUCAGGAAAUUUGAAGAAAAAUUUGAACAAGAAAAGAAGUACCGGCCUUCCCAUGGUGACAAGACAUCUAAUCCUGAAGUCCUGAAAUGGAUGAAUGAUUUGGCUAAAGGUCGUAAACAGCUCAAAGAACUAAAGCUGAAGCUGUCGGAAGAGCAAGGGAGUGCUCCCAAAGGCCCACCUAGAACCCUGCCCUGUGAGCAAGCCACAGUCCCCAGAGAGAAUGGGAAGCCGGAGGCCGUGGGCCCUGAGCCGAGCUCCUCUGGAGAGGAGACUCCAGAUGCUGUGCUGAGCUGCCUGAAGGAGAAGAGAGAGCAGCUUCCUUCCCAGGAAGAUCCUAAGGUAACGAAGCAAGACAAGAACCUCAUAAAGCCUCUUUAUGACCGAUACAGAAUUAUCAAGCAAAUCUUGUCCACACCUUCCCUUAUUCCAACAAUUCAGGAGGAAGAAGACUCUGAUGAAGACUGUCCACAGGGAAGUCAGCAGCCUUCUUUGCCAAAUCCAGCAUCUCACUCUCCUACUGGCGAUCACCUCGCACACUCUAAUGAGACUGAGCCUGUGAGGCUCCUGCUCCCUGAUGAAAAGAAGGAAGUCAAACCGCCAGCACUCUCCAUGUCCAAUUUACACGAGGCCACCAUGCCUGUACUUCUUGACCAUCUCCGAGAAACUAGGGCUGAUAAGAAGAGACUCCGGAAAGCCUUGAGAGAAUUUGAGGAACAGUUUUUUAAACAAACAGGAAGAAGUCCACAAAAGGAGGAUCGGAUACCAAUGGCAGAUGAGUACCAUGAAUACAAGCAUAUAAAAGCCAAACUGAGACUACUAGAGGUCCUCAUCAGCAAGCAAGAUGUGGCCAAAACUAUUUGA